AUGGACGCUGUGGUCACUGAAACAGCACCUGUUAUUUCAACAUUUCUUGGCCGAAUUCUACAGAUUGCUUUGGGCAUAUUUGUGACGACCUCUGAUUUACCUCCCUAUAGUUCAAAUGAAACUGAUAUGGCUACAGUUAACUACAAUUGCACGUUUGAUAAACCAUGCAGAUGGUUUUCUGAAGGAGAUACAGCAGAUCACUGGCGGUUAGCUCAGGGUGAACCGGAGCUAUUUUUAUGGCUUACUUCUACGGGUACCAUUCAGCGACCAGGGGAACCGUUUGCUAUGAUUGAACUUCGCGGGCAGCAAGCAGAUCGUUUUUUAAGCGAUGAGAUACAAUGUCAGGAUGGCACUGCAUUACUAUCAUUUACUUACUGGAUAAUGGGUGGUGCUAACCUGAAAGUUUGUUUGGUCGAUUUACUAAACAAGAAAUUCAAUUGUACGCCAAUGCUGGGUGAACGACCUAUGCCAAGAAAAGUUUUGCUUUCAUUACCGCAUGUACAGGAGCCAUUUCGAAUCGCUAUUAUACCGAAUAUAGCGAUUGGAAUGAUCGCAAUAGAUGACAUCGGAUACGAUGGAGUGCUAUGUCAACGAGAAAUUUCCACUGUUACCCUUAUCCCUCUUAUAAAAAGCGAAAAUUUUAAUUCUUCUCAAAAAACUGUCGAAGAGAUAACAUUCGGUGCAGGAAGUGGAGGCGUCACCAUAACUUCAUCGACGGAGUCUACCCUGGCAAUUGAAUCAACAGAGCCACCAUUCGAUUUGCUGAUUAUUGGGAGCAAAACAACUCCAUUCUUCGACAAUCGCAGAGGACGAAUUAUUAGCAAUAACACAAUGCUAUUUUGCGAUUUCGCUAAUAAUUUUCUUUGCCUUUGGGGUCCUGAAAGUGGUCGAUGGGGAAUCAUUCAAGAAGGUGCGUUACCUUCGGUGACCGUACCAGAUGGUUUUCCAGUACCAUCCUAUCCUGUAGCUAUUGUUAUCCAAGGAACAGCAAUGUUGACAAGUGAUCCGUUGAAAUGCCAAACUGGUUCAGGAAAGCUGAUCUUUCGACAUUGGACGAACGGUUCUCCAACUGUACAAGCAUGCGCGAUUGGCUACGGUAUUGGAAGCAAAAAAGUGGAAUGCAUGGGCGCAAGUCAGGAUGACGAAAUCGCUGAUGACAAAUCUCUCUUAGUCUUCGAUUUCAAACAAUCAAUUCUUGAGCCAUUUACGCUUAAUAUUAUUCCACAAUGGGACAACACAGCACGGAAUCAAUACUUGAUUAUCAAUGAGAUUGCUUAUCUUGGAAACUGCGACACAAAAAAGCUGAACGAGGAAAUCAGUGAAAGAUCUUUGACCGAGCAAAACGGCAAUAUUAUUUGGACCAAAUCGAAAACUUAUGAAAAUUUUGUUUGGACUAUCGAAAAAGAUAACACUGAAUCUCCACGAGAGAAACAGAAUGGCAAAGCUUCAAAAAGCACAUCAGUUCCAAGAACUAAUUAUUCAAAACAGAUAACUUUACCACCUAUCAUAACUUCUGAUCAGUCAUUGACAGAUUCUACGUAUUUGAAUUAUUGCGAACUACUCAAUUGUAAUUUCGAAGAAAACGCAUGUAAUUAUUUGAAUCAUGGACUCACAAAGGUUCCAUGGAUAUUGCGAAGUAGCGACUACGAAACUAUUUUAAAACUCGCUAAUUUACUCCCAUUUCCACCGAAUGAUCACUUUAUCAGCACAACGUUAUCGCCCGGCCAGUAUGCCAUAUUAGAAUCACCACGAUUCAAAACUACAUCUAAGGCAGAAAUCGUUCUAUUCCAAUAUUACAGGUCAUCAUUUUAUGCGAAUAUUCGAAUAUGUUUGUACAGCUGUUCUAUCUAUCUGCACAAAAAUUCAUCAACUUUUGCCCGAUGCCCAUCGUUAAUUCUGGGAGCACAAUUAUCCAGAAAAACGCGUGAAUGGUAUACUGCUAGGAUUCAGCUCCCAGCACGUACUACUCGUUUUUGUUUGGUAGCGCACAAUUCAAAUCAAUCGAUUACUGAUACAGUGGUGGCCAUAAGAAAUAUUAUGCUGGCAUCAUGCAAUUCGGAAAAAGAUGCAGUGGUCGACAUGAAUUAUUAUUUAUAG